CGGAGGCUUCGGGGAGCGCUUCCUGCCCAGCGCCCGCACCAGCCCCAGCAUGGAAGCCAUCGCCAAGUACGACUUCAAAGCCACCGCCGAUGACGAGCUGAGCUUCAAACGGGGGGAUAUCCUUAAGGUUUUGAAUGAAGAAUGUGAUCAGAAUUGGUACAAGGCAGAACUCAAUGGAAAAGAUGGCUUCAUUCCCAAGAACUACAUAGAAAUGAAACCACAUCCGUGGUUUUUUGGAAAGAUUCCCCGGGCAAAGGCUGAAGAGAUGUUGGGCAAACAGAGACAUGAUGGUGCCUUCCUCAUCAGGGAGAGUGAGAGUGCUCCAGGGGACUUCUCCCUCUCAGUCAAGUUUGGAAAUGAUGUACAGCACUUCAAGGUGCUUAGAGAUGGGGCUGGCAAGUAUUUCCUCUGGGUGGUGAAGUUCAAUUCUUUGAACGAGCUGGUAGAUUAUCACAGAUCCACAUCUGUCUCCAGGAACCAGCAAAUAUUCCUCCGGGACAUUGAACAGAUGCCACAGCAACCAACGUACGUUCAGGCCCUGUUUGAUUUUGAUCCCCAGGAGGAAGGAGAGCUGGGCUUCCGUCGCGGAGACUUUAUCCAAGUCCUUGACAAUUCUGACCCCAACUGGUGGAAGGGAGCCUGCCACGGACAGACGGGCAUGUUUCCACGCAAUUAUGUGACCCCAGUGAACCGGAACAUCUAGAGAGAAAUAUUAGAGAUUAUUUAAAGAAACCAGAGAAACAGUAAAUACACAUACAGAGCCUAACUGCAGCCAGUGACCUAAAAAUCACACGGCGAUAAAACCCGAGUCACCUUCCACCCUGAGGUGAUCCUCCUUCACUCAGUACGGAACUUCAGGGGCUGGGGGGGGAAGAGUUGAACUUACACACCAAAACUUAUCUUUAA